AGUGACAUGCGGUGCAUGAGAGGAAUAAACUAUUAAGUCCAGAAGGGGCCAGUUACACAACAUCGCCGGUGCCAACUCGUUGGACACCACAGAAGAAGAAAGGAAGUUAAAAGGAUAUGCAGUAGCGCUAGGGCUAUCCAUUACCACUAUGGCUGAGACCCACAGUUUACAGGACCUUCAGCAGCCAGCUGUCUCUUCCAAAGUGUUCAUCCAGAGGGACUAUAGCUCAGGAACCAUCUGCAAGUUUCAGACAAAGUUCCCAUCUGAACUGGAGACAAGGCUCGAUAAGCAACAGUUUGAAGAAACCAUCCAGACUUUAAACAAUCUGUAUGCAGAGGCAGAGAAACUUGGGGGAAAGUCUUAUUUGGAGGGCUGCCUGGCAUGUCUCACUGCUUAUACAGUCUUCCUCUGUAUGGAGACACACUAUGAAAAGGUAUUAAAGAAAAUAGCCAGGUAUAUUAAGGACCAGAAUGAGAAGAUCUAUGCCCCCAGGGGUUUGCUGCUGACUGACCCCAUAGAAAGAGGUCUCAGAGUUGUUGAGAUUACCAUCUUUGAAGACAGAACAGUUGGUUCUGGAAGAUAAAGAACCUUGUGGUAUGGUUUCCAUCGCAUGCAUUUUUGUGGGAGAAUAAGACUUCAUUGAGAGAAGAGUGGAAGCUCCUUUGCUGAUACAUAAUACAUUUAAAGCAUACAUAAAGAAUAUGCCAUUUUUUAUUAUUAGUAUUAUUAUUAUCCUUUUUCCCUUUUGUAAACAGAUUAGUCACUGACCACUUAAAAUCCAUCAUAGGACUAACAACUGAUCAGAUCUUCUUAAUUUGACAGCAUAUAUAGCUCUCCCGCUUCAUUUCAAUAGAUGUAUAUAAUUUUGAUUUGGUUCUCUUUAUUUAUAACUGUGGUUUACCUGUCCUCAUUUUUGUAAUUUUUUUUUUUUUUUUUUUAAAUGCAUUGGGUAAUAUAUGAACUAUGUGUUAGGUGUUUGUGCCUGAGUUGUUUCAAUUGUGCCAUUGUGUUAAAUGCCACUUUUUGAACAUGGUAAUUCAAGUGAUUUGAUUGUCUUGUGUUUUUAUAGAUGGUUUGAAGUCAUAACUUAUAGUCACCAAUAACUGUGGGUUGGGAUGAAGUUGUUGAUGUCUGUAAACAGAGAUUCUGUUAUGGGUAGUGUAAUGCCAUAUUAACAUGCUGGUUGUAGCCUUUGUUGAGGCAAAAGUUUUAUCUGUACAUUAAUGCAAUAUGGACUUAGGGACUUGGAAGGAACUAAAAAUAAUUUAUUGUAAAAUACAGUCAUUUCUUU